UUUGCGAACCAAGACUUGAUUCUUAUGAAAAAUUGCUCCCCUGGACCAAAGAGUGAUGCGGAAGUUUCGACGAACGAAAAAAAAUUUUAACUAAAUUCACAAUUAUCAAGUUUUGAUGGAGAUGAAAUAUCGAAAAGCGAUGGGCGUUGCUCGCUGGACUGCGAGGAGUUUCUGGCCGCAGAAGAUACCUUCUGCAACCUCACGCGAACAGAUCCUUUGAAUCCUGUAGUGGAGCUGCGAGCGGCCUAGCCUCCUGAAGUGCUUGUGUAAAGUCAAAUUCAGUUACAACAACGUCAACAAGAGAACUGCUUACUGCCGCACGCCUGCGUCACUGUCAACCUGUAACGCUCGUGGUCUUCGUCGAGUUUUGAUUAUCCGACAUACGCUUUCUGGCAAUUUGGGCGGAUCGGCGACUUCUUGAGUUUUGCCAACAUUUGGAGAUUCCCGUUGCUGAUUUAGAUGUACGGUGGAGCCUACCUGUACUUGACUAUCGCGUUGCACAUACUUGUCGGACUGCCCAUACUCUACAUUCAGAUGUUAGUCGGUCGUGUGACCGGCAAAGAUACGUACCUGCUGAUAAAAGGCUUCGGAAGAGCAUACACUAGUUUAGCAGUACUCAUGAUCCUCAAUUUAGUUUUGACUCUCGCUAUGGCGGUUCCAUUUCUGGCGCAGAUCCUGUACUAUUUCAUCCUGUCGUUCAACGUCGAACUUCCGUGGGCAGAAUGUGACGAGAGUUGGGCUUUAACAAACUGCGUGCCUGUAGCACAUCUUACAACGGAAGUCUUGAUGCUGCUAACGACUAUAAUGUCGUACCUUAUAGCCUUGGUCUUCUGCACUCCUGGAGGAUAUUACGUGCUACAGCUGCUGGAUUUCAUCAGCGUUUGUGUCAUCAACAACCUCAUCGCCUUGGUAUUCCUGGUGGCCGUUUUGUGCGUCUUCGGGGUACGCGAGUUCGUUGCCAUCAUUCAGGAUUAAAUUGGAUAUCGUUUACACGAAUGGUUUGUAAGGCUGAUCCAACUCUGGUCUAUCCUGAUGCCCGCCAUGUUCGUCAUUCUGCUGGUAUGCGGACUCAGUGACUUUCAGUCGAUAUUCACGGACCCUGCCGUUUAUCCCCCGGCAAUGCUGUGGUCCGGGCGUGUUCUGAUAGCGGCUUCUUUCAUUUAUUGCUUUGGUGGAAUUAUCUAUGGAGUUGCUACGUCCCCAGGAAGAGGUUUAAGGCAGAAAAUGCGUGCAGCUUUCAAGCGGCCUCAUGAGUGGGCGGAUACGGGCUCACAGGACACGUCGUUUAGUUAAGAGCGUUGGUAAAUGGGGUACGUCCAGAGGCCCGUUCCCGGGUACUUACAGACCGGCAUGAGGAAGUGGGCCCGUGCGGAACCUCUGAGGCCUCAGCCUUCUAGAUGGUGAUGGCCCUCGGUGGGAGCAAGAUAGGGGGGCCUUCGUGCUGCAUAAUGUGCUUGCAUUGGUGCAAGUUGAAAUCUCUUG